UUUGGCUAUUUUAAUAGAAAUAUUUAACUUAGAGUCAACUUAGCAUAUUAAGUUUAUUUCAUCUUUCUUAACUGUGUGUUGUGUGUAGUCCAAAUUGGAAGUAAACUUGACAUUUUGAAAUUGGGCAUAAAAAUAGGCCUAGGCCUACCAUACUGUUCAAUAUGGUUGAAGCGAACCAGUACAACUUGACAGAAGAUGAAGCAGAUUUGUAUGAUAGACAGAUCCGACUUUGGGGCCUCGACUCUCAGAAGAGACUGCGAGCUGCCACUGUUCUUCUCAUUGGAUUGAAGGGUCUCGGUGCUGAAUUCUGUAAAAACAUUGUCUUAGCAGGCAUUAAAUCAAUUACUCUUAUGGAUGACAAGAAUGCUACUGAGGAGGAGAAAUUUAGCCAGUUCUUGAUUCCACGAGAGAAACUAGGCAGCAACCGUGCUGCAGCAUCCCUGGAACGAGCUCAGCGACUGAAUCCAAUGGUAGAGAUGAAAGUAGACAGUGACAGUGUUGAUAGUAAGACAGAUGAGUUUUUCACCCAGUUCCAUGUAGUGGUUGCUACAGAUUGUGACAUGGAUCAACUUUUGCGUAUAAAUAAAAUUUGUCACAAUGCCAAUGUCAAAUUUUUCUGCGCUGAUGUGUUUGGAUUUUAUGGCUACAUGUUUGCUGAUCUUCAGACUCAAGAGUACAUGGAUGAGAUAAAAACAGUCAAAAAACUUUCCAAAGCAAUUGGAAACAAGAAACAAAAGUUACAGGAUACUGAGAUGGUCACAGUAAACAAAAAGGGUACCUUGCACUAUCCCACCCUUCAGGAAAGCCUUAAGGUGUGCAAAAACAUCGCCAAUAUGUCAAAAAGAACUCUGGCCGAUAUGGUCUCCUUCUUCCUUCUGAAGAUUUUGUUGAAGUUCCGAGCUGAUGUUGGUCGAAAUCCUCAAGCAGCAACAAGAGUAGAGGAUCUAGAAACUCUGAAGAAAAUUAGGGAAUCAGAAAUGCAAAGUUUUAAGGUUGCAGUUGACCAAGUUCCUGACGAGUAUCUUUCAAAUUUAUUUUCCCAGAUCAGUCCUAUCUGUGCUAUCCUCGGAGGUGAACUUGCCCAAGAAGUUAUCAAAACAGUGUCUCAGAAGGGAGAACCCCAUGACAACUUCUUCUUCUUCAAUCCUGUAAGAAAUCACGGUAUUGUGAUCAAGAACGGACAUUGAAGUUCUGCUUACUGCUACUCUUGAAAGUUUUCUCUAUUAAUUUUAACUGUUCUAAAUAUUAUUAAAAACUAUAGUUGUUUUGCAAUUUUAAGUCUGAAGUUAGGAAAGUGUUUUGUGUGGUCUAAGUUUCAAUGUGAUCAUCUAGUUAAAAUAGUUAUAUAAAAAAAUGAAAAGCAACUUACAAGUGUAACAUUGAACUGGUUUUGUUUGAGAUAUUGUAAUUGAAUAAUCUUAUAAAACAAAAUUCAGUAACACAUUUUUUGGAAACUAGCCACUGUUAUUUUUAGUAUUUUUCUUAAAGAUUUGUAAUAAAUAUGUAACGGUCAA